AUGAAAUUGAGACUGGGGGGGCGAGGGGAAUGCACCUCUGCGGGCAGAGUCACGGCACACCUCCUCUUGUCGUUCCUUGCAAUAUCGCCAACCUUGGCUUCUGUUGGGGAAGCUUUCAACCAUAAGGAGGCGGCCCUCCAACCUGGACCACUGCUUCCACCUAGCACUCAACAACCCGCCUCGGCCGAACACCUCUUCACGCUACGACACGUAUUUCACCACGGCACAUACCGGCAUCCUCAGCUGCACCGGAGAAAGGAUGUCCGUCACUUGGACGAUGCCGGAAGCCAGGUCUGGCUGGCCGAGGAGGACGGGUUCAAGAGGGAGAAGGUGAUGCCUCUCACCGCUAAGAGCGCACCUCUAAAGAUCGAGCGCAUGGUUGACCGCCGACCGUCUGUCGUCGACCCGAUGGUUACCGAAGCUCGACAGCGCGGCUAUGUCAACAUCAUGUCGCCAUCCGACUGGACCCUCGACGAGGUUCCCGGACCCAACAUCACUGACAAAGCUACUGUCAUCAGCCUCGCCAUCAUGGCUGCGAACGCGUAUAUCGAAGAGGAGGGAAAGGCAGACUGGGAAGAGGUCGGUGGUCCGUACAAUAGAAGCGCCGACUUUGGAUGGGAAACCGACGGACUGCGCGGGCAUAUCUGGGCAGACUCGACAAACUCCACCGUUGUGAUCGGGCUGAAGGGUACAUCCACUGCCAUUUUCGAUGGAGAAGGGACUACCACGAACGACAAGGUCAACGACAACCUCUUCUUCAGCUGUUGCUGUGCGCAGCAGGGACAGUGGACCUGGCAUCAGGUCUGUGACUGCGCAACGUCCACGUACUCGUGUAACAACACCUGUGUUGUUGAAGCACUCCGGGAUGAGCACCGAUACUACACGGCGGCCAAGGAGCUGUACUCCAACGUCACAGAGAUAUUCCCCGACGCCAACAUUUGGCUAUCAGGCCACUCCCUGGGUGGCGCUGUCAGCUCUCUGCUGGGCCUUACCUAUGGCCUUCCUACUGUCACCUUCGAGGCCGUGCCGGAGGCGCUCGCUGCCGGCAGGCUCGGUCUUCCCGUACCUCCGGGCGCGGAUCAGAUGGUUCACCAGGCCCGCCAGAACACUGGUGCGUAUCACUUUGGCCAUACGGCAGACCCCAUCUACAUCGGCACCUGCAAUGGAGCCACUGCGACGUGCUCUUUCGCCGGAUAUGCCAUGGAGUCAGCCUGCCAUACUGGGCUUGAGUGUGUUUAUGAUGUUGUCGCUGAUAAGGGUUGGAGAGUCGGCAUCGGAACGCACAAGAUUCGAUCUGUGAUCCACGACGUCAUCAUGAAAUACGACAACGUGCCCGAGUGCAAGGCCACUCCCGAAUGCCGAGACUGCGCCAAUUGGAAGAUGUACGAAAGCAACGGCACGGAGACAACCACAACGUCAAGGUCUUCAACCACGUCCAAGACGCGCACUCGUACAGAAACCUGCCAGACACCAGGCUGGUGGGGUUGCUUGGAUGAGACGACGACUACUCCAGUCACAACUACGACCUCCACUUCGACCACUUCGACUUGCAAGACACCUGGAUGGUUCGGGUGCAAAGAUGAGACCACCACGACCACCACGACCACCACGACUUCGACAACCACCAGCGCAACGACCACCUGCUUGACCCCUGGGUGGUUUGGCUGCAAGGACAAGACCACGGCGACCAGCACCACGACCUUACUGCCUGGCUCGACUCCGGCUCAUGGCAUCACUGCUGCUCCUACGGCAACCCCCACAUCAGCUCCCACGAAGGCACCUCCGUCGGAUCCCCACUGUCAGAGGAGGUCCUGGUUUGGGUGGUGCAAAGAAUGGAGCCAGGCUAGCGAAAGCAGCAAUGAGGACCUGUGA